AUGAAGUUCCCGUGGCAUCGUUUGUAUGAUGAAGAGGAGGGAGAGGAUGGGAAAACAGAGGUCCACCAACCACGAAUGAAGGUCUUCACGGUGGGCCUCGACGAGAAGGAAAAGACGAAGAAUUUGGAUGAAAAGGUAGAAAUUGGAUCGGUGAUUGUUGAGCCAAAAGCAACCGCUCAGGUCUCUCCACCGCCUGUCGUUCAACAGAAAAAAGUGCAUAAAGGACCGUUUAGGACAUGGCUAUCCUGUUUGUUGGCCGUUUUCUUUGUGCUGAUCAUCGCAUUGACCCUCUCGGAAAUCGCCUACAAUCGACAUCGAGAUGAGCAGUACUUGAGACUGAAAUGGGCCGAGCUCAAGCAGAGAAUGCUGGGCAUGGAGAUCCUCCGUCAAUCGCAAAUCCAGGCUCAACAAAGUGCCAUCAACGUGCCGAUUAACCCGGCGCAGUCUCUGAACAACGACCAACCCCCGGAGAUUAUCGAUGAGAGACUCGCCUUCUCAAAGCGAUUGGAGAAAGAAAACAACGAAGUGGAGACGAACCGCGUGGACAACUCGGCCGAGCACAACAGUGGAGAUGAGGAAAAUGGAGACGUUCGCUUGGCUUUCCUGAAAGCGAUCCUCGAGAAGAUUCGAACAGCGGCCGCAAACGGGGAUCUCCCAUCACCCGUUCAUGUCUCUGUUUUAGAGAUCAAGAAGCAGCCGUUGAUCGGCGAAAAUGAGGAGGAUAUUGAAGAAAUGCCCCAAAACAUGGCCGACGGCUUCGGCGAAUGGGCCGCUCCAUCACCAUUUGGUCCAGUCGAUUUCCAACAAAACGAGGGGCGUCAAUUCGAUCGUUUGACGUGGCGAGGCGACCGCUUCCCGCAACAAGUCGAGAAUUCGGGAGAGGCUCAACCGUGGAUGUUCAACGAUGAUGGAGCAAUGAAUGGGCCGAUGGAGGGACCGAUGGAGGGGCCGAUGAAUGGGCCGAUGGAGAGGCCACAGCUCCGAAUCACUCACCAUUUUGAUCGGGACAAUGCGAUGAUGCCCGCUCGAAUCGUCACCGAACUCUACGGGGAUGACGCUUCGGAGUUCAUGCGCAACUUCAUGAACGGGCGACGCGGCGAAGAGAUGAAUCAGCCACCAAUCCAGCAAAGCCUUCAAUUCCCGAUGACUGAGCCACAGCAAUGGAUGGGUCCACAAAUGAUGCAACCGACCCCCGAUCAACAACGUUUCGCCGCCGAGUUUGGGCAAACGUUUGGCACGAAUUUCGGGCUAAACUGGGAGCGCGCUCAACAGCAGAAGCAGAUGCCUUGGCAACAAUUCUCCGCUCAACAAUCCUUCGCGCAACCCCAACAAAUGAACGCCUGGCAACAGUGGCAAAAUCAAUGGCAACAACCCCAGCAACAACAGGCAGCCAUUCAACCAGCGCAAUCAGCUCAAGCGUCCCUCGACUCGCAGCAACUUCCCUGGUACCAAAAUUGGAUCCAAGAGAACAAGGCUCAACAACAUCUUCCCGUCGAUCAGAAAUUCAACAAAGAAGAAAAAGUCGACGAGGAACCCAAAUUUACCGACUUGAACGAGGAAGAUCAAGGAGAUGACGGCUUUGAGAGAAAAGAGCAAUUCAACGUUCCCACUGAUGUCAUCGUCGACGAGCAACCAGAAGUUGUUGAAAAUGGGAAAAAUGAUGAGCCAAUUUCAACUGUUGUCAACAAUCAACCAGCUGCUGCCAUUGAAGUCGAGCCGAUCAAGGAACCAGAGUCAUCGGCCGCUUUUCUACCACCAAGAGAUCAGUUUGACGAUCCACCACCACCAAAAGAUGCCCACAAUCAGCAACCAAACCAAGAGCCAUUCAUCCCACCAGAGGCAAUCUCAAAUGAUGACACUUUCACCAUCGACAAGAACUCUCCAUUCUUUCAGAUCGACGAUCCAAGCAGCUUUGCGGCAAAAGCC